UUGGGAUCUAAGAAGAUGGCUGCCAGUCGCAAUCGCUGGAUGGAAUUUCAACCCAUACUGGGAAUGCCAACAUGCCUCCUCAAGUACGGGAAAGUCCAGUCAGACACACAGACAGUUAUACUUGUUAUUCCAGGUGAGUGUGUUUUCUCGUAUCUUGUUAUUCCAGGUGUGUGUAUUUUCCAAAUCUUAUCUUGUUAUUCCAGGUACACUGUACGUCAUGCUGUUUUUGUUUACCAGGCAACCCGGGAGUGAUAGAGUAUUAUGACUGUUUUAUGGAGGAGCUGUACAGGCGACUAGAAGGCCGGGUACCAGUGUGGGGGGUGUCUCAUGCUGGCCAUGUUCAACCCCCAGACGGGAACCAACAGCUAUAUGACAAACUCAGCUAUGAAGUAUGCACGCUAGAAGGGCAGAUCAGACACAAAGUGACCUUCAUCAAGGAGAACAUUCCAGCAAAUGUAAAACUCAUUUUCAUUGGUCAUUCCAUAGGCUGCUACAUCAUUUUGAAAAUACUUGACCAAUUAGAUCACAAGAUAAAAAGAUGCUUUAUGUUGUUUCCCACUAUAGAACGAAUGGCAGCAUCACCAAAUGGGCGUGUUUACACGCCAGCCUUAAAAUACCUCCGAUGGCUAGCCCCAUUUCUAGUCAAAGGUGUCUCAUAUCUACCAGAAAACACAAAACGUUGGUUGAUAGAGUGCCACUUCAAGAAUGAGGACAUACCAUCUUGUACACAGUCUGCAACCCUCAGCUUCAUCUCACCGUUUAGCGUGAGUAACUCCCUGUACAUGGCCCACCAGGAGAUGCAGGCGGUUGACAAGCUGGACGUUCCCCUUCUCACCAGACACAUGCCCAUCCUCAGUUUCUACUUUGGUUCCUGUGACGGCUGGUGCCCGCUGGCGUACGGAGAGGAACUGAGGAGUAGGUUCCCCACUGGAGAUAUCCGCACAUGUGAUCAGGGAUACAGUCAUGCCUAUGUGAUAGACGCUAGCCCACAAAUGGCGGACAUUGUCAGUGACUGGGCACAACCCUUCUUGUGAUAGAACUAUUUAUGUAAAUAAGUGUUACUUAUAAAAGUGUCUGUGUAACUUUCAUAUUCUUUACUUUUAUACUAUUGCAAAAUAUGUACCAAGCUCUAAAGGCCAUUUCAUCAAGAAUUCUAGGAGCCAAUUUUAAUUAAGAAUUUUACAUCAGUACAGUUAUGCUGUCGGGAAUCCCUUCAUUGUAUGAAACAGCACCUAAGCUUCUUGAUGAAAUGCCUUUCAAGACAAACAAAUGUAUACAGAUUUUGAUUCAACAACUUGAGUAAUUCUGUAGUUACCAGGGCCAGACUUUAGCUGAGUUGUGGUCAAGUAUUCCUGCAGAUUGCUAGUGUCAUUGACAGGGUAACACCUCUAGUUUCAUAGUGCAAGGUGUAAUUGUAAAGGUGUUGGUCUUUCUACUAACAUCAACAACAUAUAUACGUCAAAGUUGCUUUGACUCGCUUGCUCUUUGAAGCUCAACAUAUUUAUUUUGGACACUGGCAAUUUAAGUAUGUAGCUUAUUUUUUUUUAUUAAAAACACCAGUCCUUAAAUACAUAAACAACCUAUGGACAUGCAGUGCAAUUUCCAUCAAUAACCUUUCACUCUGGUAGCCAUUUAAAUCUCUUACAUGAAUACAUGUAGUUUGAUAAGUGAUGCACCUGUGUAAUAAAUAGGGAACAAAAGCAUAAAAAGCCAUUAUUGCCAUGACUACCAUGAUAAAGUAAUUUGAUCCGAAUUUGUUCUUGAAAGGUCAAGGUCAUUGGUCGAAGAGAUAUUUUUCAUAGCUUGGCACAAAUGUUCACCACAUCAACAUUAUGUAGCAGAGUAAAUGUUAUCUAAUAAUUAUACAAUGUACAACUGUAUGCUUGUUAUUAUUGAGAUCAGACUAUUUUAAUGAGAAUAAUUCAUGAAGGAUAGUACUAUACUACCAGUGAGUACAUGUAUGUACAUUGUUCAGUACAGUGAAUUAUUGCUAUGAAGGUGAAGUUGUAAACAUGUGUUCAUCGUGCCUUUUAUUUUCGGCUGACAUUUUGCUCAAGUACCGGUACUUUUUAGCUUGACUAGGAGUAUAAGGAGAGCUAUCCUAGUCACCCGAGCGUCGGCGUAACCACUUAUGUUAAAGUUUUUGUAAGCGUUUGUGUUCCACCUCAAAUAUUGACAUAUGGCUUUGAAACUUUGCACACUUGUUCAACAUCAUGCCCCCACCCUGUACACUGGAGGAGGUAACUCUAUGAAGCAUUUUGACAAAUUAAGCCCCUUUUUCAACUUAGAUUUUACGUUAAAGUUUGCGUACCACCUCAAAUAUUUUCAAAGUCCAUUGACAUCUGGCUUUGAAACUUUGCACACUUGUUCAACAUCAUGCCCCAACCUGUACACAGGAGGAGAUAACUCUAUCAAGCAUUUUGACAAAAUUAUGCCCCUUUUUCAACUUAGAAUUUACGUUAAAGUUUGCGUACCACCUCAAAUAUUUUCAAAGUCCACUGACAUCUGGCUUUGAAACUUUGGGCACUUGUUCACCAUCAUGCCCCCAACCUGUACACAGGAGGAGGUAACUCUAUCAAGCAUUUUGACAAAAUUAUGCCCCUUCUUCUACUUAGAAUUUAUGUAAAAGUUUGCGUACCACCUCAAAUAUUUUCAAAGUCCACUGACAUCUGGCUUGGAAACUGUGCACGCUUGUUCACCAUCAUACCCCCUACCUGUACACAGGAGGAGGUAACUCUAUCAAGCAUUUUGACAAAAUUAUGCCCCUUUUUCGACUUAGAAUUUACGUUAAAGUUUGCGUACCACCUCAAAUAUUUUCCAUUCAAUUUAUGUAAAUAUCUCAGCACAUUAUGUAUUGCAUUGAAAUCUAAUUGCCGCCAAUGUUAAAGAUGACUGUUCAGGCCGCAAAUGUUAAAGAUGACUGUUCAGGCCGCCAAUGUUAAAGAUGACUGUUCAGGCCGCCAAUGUUAA